UCUCCUUCCCGGCGAGCUUUCACUCCAGAGAUGGCUGCGAAAGUGUGCAGAUCAGUACUCCUGUUGUCCCGGAGCAGCGGAGCGGUGGCCGGCUGCCUCCCCGCACUUGCCGUCUCUUCACAGCGACAUCAUCAGCACAUAAGACCGCAGGAGGUACUGUCUGCUCCUUUCACCUGUCAGACUGUCAGGAGAUCACAUGGCCUCCGGCCUGCAGCCCACUCCACACUCUUCACCCAGCCUCCCACUGCCCUGUCUCCACAGGUUGGGAGGCGCGCCCCAUCAUGGCAAGGCCAGAGACUGUUGUGUUCCUCCACUGCUCCAGAGGAGGUGACGGUGGUGUAUCAGAACGGGCUGCCGGUGAUCUCAGUCUGUUUGCCGUCCCGGCGAGAGCGCUGUCAGUUCACCCUGAAGCCGCUCAGUGACUGUGUGGGUGUGUUCCUGCAACAGCUCCAGGCGGAGGACAGAGGCAUCGACCGGGUAGCCAUCUACUCCACGGAUGGAGCGAGGGUCGCCUCCUCCACAGGCAUCGACAUCCUGCUGCUGGAUGAUUUCAAGCUCGUUAUCAAUGACGCCACGCACCUCGUGCGGCCACCGAGGAGAGAGCUGCUGCCCCACGAGGAGGCAGAAAGGCUGAAUGACGUCAAGUUUCUGGUGCAGCAGCUCUACACCACCCUGCGCAUCGAAGAGCACCAACUCGGCAAGGAGCGUGAGCUCAUUGGACGGCUGGAGGACCUCAACUCUCAACUCCGCCCCUUAGAGCAGGUGAAGGAGGAACUGAAUAAGAAGGCUCAGCGGCGUACCACCUGGGUGCUGUGGGGCGGCAUGGCGUACAUGGCCACCCAGUUUGGCAUCCUGGCCCGGCUCACCUGGUGGGAGUACUCUUGGGAUAUCAUGGAACCCGUCACCUACUUUAUCACUUAUGGCACGGCCAUGGCCAUGUACGCCUACUUUGUUCUUACACGCCAGGAGUACCUUUACCCUGACGCUAGAGACAGGCAGUUUCUGCUGUUCUUCCACAAGGGGAUGAAAAGAACACGCUUUGAAGUUGAGAAGUACAACAAGCUGAAGGAUGACAUCGCUGAGGUGGAGUUGGAUCUGAAGCGUCUUCGGGACCCGCUCCAACUCCAGCUCCCAGUUCAGCAGCUCAUCGGCAGUAAAAAUUGAUGAAAAGAGUGACUUCCUCCUCUCUCAACUCCUACCACCCCCUUUCCCUCUUCCAUCCAGCACCCCCCCUCCCCCGUUUUACCCCCAACUCGUUCCUAAGACUCCUCCCUCCCCCAUUCCUUCCACACCCAAUAAUCCCAUCCCGGUCUUGACUGUGGGAGUUAGUUUUUUCUCCUUUUUUUCUUUUUCUUCUUCUUUCUUUUAACUUUCCUGACUGAAAACUCCAGUUGGAAUUGCAAUUGAAAACCGCUAAAAGACAAAGAAGAAUGGCGAGAGUACGAGGAACUGAAACACUCUCACAGCCGACGGAUGGUGAGUGACGAAAAGGACAAUGAUGAUGAAGAAAUUAAACUGGGCUACUAUGGAUAUGCCUCAAGUCUCUGGAGGGACAGCCUGCAGGGAACUUCAGGGGGCAAACAGGAAUUAUCACACCUCUGGACACUGCAGAGCAGAGGACAUGCAGAGGGGCAGUCACUGUUGAGUGUGUGUGUGUGUGUGUGUCUGUGUGCUUGUCUGUGUGUGUGAGUGCAUGGGACUUUCAGGGUAUACUGGGACACCGACACUGGCCACUCUGCAGGUCGACACAGCAGUGUAGUCCUGCUUCCUCUAGCAGUCAAACUGUCAACACACACACACACACACACACACACUCUUGGUUGGGACAGGCUCCAGAAAGAGUCUCUAUCCCAAAGUUUACAAGAAAGUCCUGACGGCGGUCGCUCCAUCAGGGGGACUUUCGUCUUCCUGUGGCUGAACCCUGCUGCCUCUCCCUCCCUGGGCCACGCCUUCACCGGGUGACGGACAGCUGUCCCUCCCAGUGAGACCUUUGUCAGGGGCCUGUUUCGACUCGCAGGAUAGAGGCAUGACGACGCCUUGUUUCCUCUUCCUGUUGACGUCCUAUAGCGGCCCGGUCUGUGCAAGUAUGAGAGUACUACCGACAACAACAUCACUGUGUGUUCUUUUAUUCCCAAAAAAAAAAUAUUUUGGCACUUUUUAUUUUGAAAGCCAUAGUAUAUUUGUUAUGAAAAUAAUAUAAAUAUAUAUAUAUAUGUAUACAAUCAAUUAAACAGAUGACCCGAGGCUAGUUUUUUUUUUAGUGGGGUGAGGAGCUCUCUUACGAACAUCCUUUCAUCAAUUAACAUCCUCUGAAGAUCUCCUGCCAUGAAGGAGCCCCGCUAACAGCCCAACAUCUGCACACACAAAGAGCAUUACAAUGUAUGCAUCGAUAGCUUGAACUAACUAUUACAUAUCUUGCCAAACACACACAAUGUAUUUUACAGUAACUACAUCCAGGCAGGUCGUAAGGAUCCUGUGCAUGGUCACCAAAGGGGGCUGCGGGGGGGUGGGGGGGGGGACACACACAUUGUUGAAGCCAAUUCAGGGUGACCCUUAACCCAUUGGAACGUAGAAUAAUGCCAUCCUUGACCUCUAUAAUCAGCUCAUGAAUACAAAGAUUGCUGCAGAAAUGCUUAAAAUAAUGAAAGGUUAACAACGUGCAGUGACCGUUGUCUUAGACAAACCCACUGGCACUUUAUCAUUUACGAUAUGGGAGGAACUGAGCGGCUUCAAAGGAGAGCAGAUGCAACAGGAGCAGCAUUUGAGCAAAUUGCUUGCAGUUCAAUAUCCCUAUUUUCAAAUAUCACGUAUUUCCUCUUUGUCUAAUCAAUGGUAUUGUUCUCGGAGGUGUAUAAUUGAUAUUUCCAGAUUAUAAGUGACCUGGCCAUUAUUUUAACAGCAUGUAAUGUGCAUUUCAACAAGUGAGUUAUUUUUAAAGAUUCUCCCUCACAAAGCAUAUAGACCAAAUCACAAAAACAAUCGUGGAUUUGAUUCAUAAAAGUAUUCGCCUCCUACUAUUGCUGUAAUGCCCCCCUGCUCCCUCAAUGACAAGGCAGGGAAGACUGCAUGCUGUGGUAUGCCCUUAGUAGAGAUUUGUGAAUGUGUAGGAGCAUUAUUGCAAUUUUGUCCUUAACUGGACACUUUUCUUUGCCACAUCUAGCUCAGUCUCAUCCCCUUGAUACGUUAAAUGUAGCCAUAUGUUUGUGUUGUCCAUUUUUGGGGGGAAAUGGUAACUGAAAGAACUUUUAUUCAGCUUUACUUAGUUUCCUGUUCAGGUUCCGGAUUGGAAGGCCCUCUCUCCGGCCGCAUUUAUGUCCACAAAAAAAGAAAAAGCUCUGAAAAUCAUUCGUUUACGCUCUGAACUGCUGUAGAUCAACUGCAGAGAGAAAUCACAUGACGCCCCUGAACAUAGACUCUAGUGCAAGAUCCUGAGUGCGUGUCGCGUGUGGAAAGUUGACUGAAUCCCACUGAAGAGAUUGAUGUGUUCCACUGCAGAUUUUCCAUUAGAGUCCAGGAUUUUAGGUCAAAUCAAAAGUUAGCCAUGCCGAUCUCAAGGCAGGAUUUGGUCUAAUCUGUUUGUGUGUGUGUGUGUGUGUUGUCUCUAAGGGAAAUUGUGUCUUUUGGCGGAUUAAUGAUUUUAAAAGUAUCAAUAGUGUAGCAAAUUGGUAAACCGCAAUGAUGAGAUCAUUGAGAAAGUUAAUCACCUGUCUGGAAAGACACCUUAAUAUUGGGGAGGUUUAAAUUUGAAUGUUUGGAAGUGAGAAUCAAUCUUGCUGUGUGUCUUUGAACAUGUGUGUGUGUGUUGACUCCACGUGGGGAUCAGUGAGUACAGCGGGGACAAAGUUCAGAUCGCUUUAUUCAUGAAUGCUGUUCCCUCAACAACUGACUGUCAAUAGAAAUCAAUUCCACCCUCAUCCAACUUCAUUUUCCAGGAUAGGCCAAAUUCUCCACACAUCCUCGCACACAAACACACACAAAUACACUCUCACACACCGGCCAUUUAGCUUGCUUGGAGAUGUACUGUGGCAGGUGAGAGAUCCUCCCCUCAGCUGUUUCUACACAACACUUCUCAACAUCAUCACCUCCUCCUUUUUAUCACGCCAUCCACCGUUUAUUGCCUUUGUCUUUGUUCUUUUUUGUUCUUGUUUACUUUUUACUAAAUGAAAUAUAUCAAAUAUAGGGAAACUUUAUUAUAAAGAGGGUGUUGCAUGAAUGUAUGUCUACAUGAGAAAUUAUGUGAAAACAAAAAAGAUGAUUUAUCCAAAAAAACAAACAAAAAAACUGCAAAGAUAAUUUAAGAACGUUGAUUGUAAAGGUUCCUAGUUAUGAAGGGCAGCGGACAGGGCUGCAUCGUUAGAAUCUGCCCUGCCAAAUCUGCCCUGCCAAAUCUGACUUAAAUCCCAGCCAACCAACUGCUCAAACCCACAUCAAACCCCACUCAUAUCCUCACCUUGUUUACUUACUCCCAUGAACCCCUGCCUCAACGUGCAUUUACACGCCCCAAUAAAUGGAGAAAAGAAAGCCUCCUAUAAGGAAGUACUUCUCUUGACCUCAGUUACUAACGUCCUGAAUCUGAGUCCAAAGGAAAAGUGUCAGGCGCACUGUUAACUUAUCGGGGAACACCUCCAACUCUCACCCCUCUCUAGUGGCAUUUUCAUCCACUCUCAGGCUUUUUUCUCCCAAAGCGACAUUAUUAUUCUAUUCUUUGAAUGUGUGUUAUGUUUUUAAUAUCUUGUUUGUGUGCACUUACAAUAAGAUGUUUAAAAUGCCUAAAGAGUGAAGCGGAAUAUAGGAUUGAAAAUGAUCUUGUACUCCAAUCUGACAACUUUUUUUAUUUUGUUUUUCUUGUCCGUUUUUCUUCUGUUGACAUGAUGCUGUAAUGUUGGCGAAAAAGAAAAAUGUAAAAUGCUGUACCAUUUAUGAAAUAUGUAUAAAAGAGAAAUGUAAUUCAAUUAUCAAUAAAAUCCUUAUCCAGGUUUUGGAGACGUUG